AUGGGAAAGCUCUCAACUUCAAUUCAGCUGCGGACUGAACAACAACAAGCAGUCCUUGUGCCAAAGCAUUCACGCUUUUUGCGUGGAUGUUUCGCUGCAGACUCUGACAUGGGGGUAGCAGGUGAGUCUUUGCGUGUGGACAGUGAUGAGUUUUGGGCGUUCAAAGCAGUUUUUGGUUUGCCGUGGGAUUGUGAACAGUUUUUGCGCAAAGCAGUGGUGAUGGGCCACCCUUCAAAGCACAGUUUCUUGGUUCCAAAGGAUUUGCAACUGGCUCUGGACAAACACAUGGUUUGGAGCGAAGAAACCUUGGUUCAAUAUAGAAUGGGCUGGUGUCGUAAAUGGUUGAAAAGGGCAAAGGAGUUGGAACAGGCUGAGCAUUUAGAUGCGGCUGUGCGUCCCCCACAUGUCAGGCAAGCCACUUGUGGCAAGAGGUCUGCAAAGCUUUCUCCCGAGCUUGCCUUUGGACUUCAAGUGAUGAUGAAAAGGUUAUCCCUUGGCAUACCACGCAUCGUCUCUGCAAAGGCGGUGCAACAAUGGUUUGUCUUCUCGGAUGCGGCUUACGAGCCGGACCUCAAGGAGGGUGGCAUAGGUGCAGCUAUCUUCAAUGAAUCUUGCGAGUGCGUGGGCUGGUUUGGAUUUCCUUUACAGCCGUCGAUGUGCCAGCAUUUUGGAGCGGAUAUCAAGCAAACGAUCAUUUAUGAGUUGGAGUUGGCUGCAUCAAUUCUGGCUUUGGAUUUCUGGUCUGACAAAAUGAAGGCCAACCCGCAGCCUAGCCAGUCUGCGCUGCCCCAGUUGAAAACAGAGUGCAUUGCUCUGAGUUUGCAUGCUUCAACGUGUAGUCCCCUAUUUUUCGUAGUGUGGAUUUUGCUUAGUAGCGUCGCUGUAGCCCCAGUGAGCCAUGGAAAUCUGGUCCGCAACAAAGAUGACCUUGCAAGAGCUGCCAAACGCAUGUCGCGACCGUUGCAAAGUGGAAGACCUGUCGAGCAGGUUGCUCGGACAAACCGCGAGCGGUUGCUGGAGUGCUUUGCGGAAUGGUUGGCUGGCAAAGGCGAGAAUUUUCCUUCGCUGUUGGAACUGUCAUACAGAGAGCCCGAAAAGAUGGUGACACAGCUAGUCAGCUAUGGACGGGAGUUGUAUGCAUCAGGCAGACCAUACAAUCACUAUGUGGAGACGGUCAACGCGGUGGCUGCUGCGAAACCCACGAUUCGGCGGCUUCUGACGGGUGCUUGGGAUCUGGCUUUUAGCUGGCAACGCGAAGAGCCAGGGGGCCAUCACCUGGCAUGUCCGUUUCAGAUUCUUCUGGCAAUUCUGUCGGUGAGCAUCCUAUGGGGCUGGCCAUGGGUUGCUGGAUCGAUAGCCUUAUCGUGGGGUGCAAUUUGUCGCAUUGGAGAGGUGCUACAAUCUUGCAGACGUGACCUUGUGCUGCCUCAGGAUGUGGGUUACACUAGUUGUUCCAUUUUCCUGAGGGUCAAAGAACCAAAAACACGUUUCAAAGCUGCGAGGCAUCAGAUGUCGAAACUUGAUCCGGAAGAUCUGGUUCAACUGGUGUCACUGGCAUUUGGAUCAAAGCGCGCUGAUGAAAAGCUUUGGCCUUUUUCCGGACAGCUGCUGCGAACGAGGUUCCGACAAAUCCUUCGUGAGAUUGGGCUGCCAUAUGAUUCAAAUGGCAUCAACAGAGGCCUUGACCUAGGCUCCCUCCGCGGAGGAGGAGCAACAUACCUUUUAAUGCUGACAGAAGACUCAGAGCUGGUGAGAAGAAGGGGUCGUUGGAUUGCACCAAGGACCAUGGAAGUUUACCUUCAGGAGAUAGCUGCUACAGUUUAUUUUCCUCAACUCCCCAGUGCGUUGAAGGCUCGAGUGCUGGCCUUAGCCUCAGCCUUUCCUGGUCUUCUAGCACGCAUGCAGGUGCUAGUCAAG